AUGCUGCUGAUCAUUGAAGCUCUUCUGCUCAGUUUAGCUGCUCUAGGACAGGAUCACAGAGCUGCUGCUGCAAGAAAGAUAUAUCCAUUGGAUAUGGCACUGAAUUCAGUUGAUGACCAAUAUAAGGGCUGUAGAGAGAAAAUGUCAAAUCAUGUAAGGACUAACUAUCUGAAGAAGGAACUCAAUAACUCAACUGAUUUUAGAAAUGCUUGGAAACAUGCUGAAAAGAAUGUUACCCGUAACUGGAAUAUUUUCAGAAAAUUAAAAAAAGAACAUAAAAUUGCUAUCUGGGUGUACACUGACCCAAAUUCUAAAAUAUAUGUUCAAUUCAACAAUGACACUCGUAAUGGCAAAAAAAACUACACAGUCAUGACAUACAAAUGGUAUUCCCUUUACUUUCUGUUAACAGAUGCGAUACAGAUUCUGAAGAAACAACAAAAUAAAUGCUAUUAUACUUAUCGUGGUACAAAUGUUAAAUUUAAUGAGCAUGAUUUUACAGGCAUUCGUUUUGGCUCAUUUACAUCCUCCUCUGUUUUUCCUGGCAGGGCACACAGUUUUGGAAAUGUAUCUUGUUUUGAAAUUCGCACUUGUGAAGGUGCUAAUAUUACAAAAUAUUCUAGGGUUCCUUAUGAGGGAGAGGUGCUGAUUCCUCCUUAUGAGACGUUUAAUGUCACUGCUGUCAAGACAAAAACAGAUCAGAAAAAUCUCAAGUGUCAGACUGUGUUUAUGUUGAACAGCACUGGAAUAAAAAGUGACCUGAACUGUGCUCUAUUCAAGAAACCAUCCAAGACCAUAUCAAAGUACUAUGAUAUGCACAGACCAAAGUGA